CCGAUUCAAUAAGCCGGUUCAUUCGCAAACUAAUUCAGGUUAGUGUUAACUGUUAGGAGGGUUACAAUGUCAGGAAUGGAGGCUACUGGAUCUGAUAAUGACUGGAGGAGUCAAGGAUUUCGACAAAAAGUAGUCACACAAAUAGAGGAUGCCAUGCGCAAAGCUGGAACAGCUCACACCAAAUCCAGCAAUGAUAUGGAGAAUCAUGUGUUUAACAAAGCCAAGUGCAGAGAGGAGUAUCUGUCCAUGGUUGCCAGGCUGAUUAUUCAUUUCAGAGACAUCCAUAAAAAAGCACAAGGAGGUGCAGAUCAGAUGAACCCUCUACAGAAUCUAACCGCGGUUGGUGGUGCUGGAGGCCCAGGCACUAUUGGCAUGCCCCCUCGUCCUACUGGUGCCCCAAUGGGGGCCAUGAGCCAAAUGCCAAUAGGCCAGCACAGUAUGCAGGGUGUUGCAGGAAAUCAGCAGGGUGCUGGAGCUCCGGUGCAGUUGCAGACAGCACAGCAGCAACAGCAGUCCAUCCAGUUUCAGCAGUUCCAGCCACAGCAGCAGUUGGCCAUGCAGCAGAAUGCCAUGCAGCAGCAGUUUCAGGCCCAACAGUUAAAACUUCAGCAAAUGCAACAGCAGCAGCAGCAGCAACAUCAUCAAAAUCAGUCGCUUCAACACCAGAACCAGCAACAGCAGCAGGCUCAGGCACAACAGCAGCAACAGCAGCAGAACCAGUUGCAUCAGUCUCGACUUCAGCAGCAGCAGCAGCAGUUGGCACAGUUUCAGCAGCAGCAGGCUCAUGCUCAGGCCCAGGCUCAGUCCAUUCAGCAUUUACAGCAACAGCAACAGCUUCAACAAGCUCAGGCUCAGCCAGGUCAGAUGCCCCCACAUUCCCAGCCUCCCCCACAGAUUCUUGUACCCCAAUCGUUGGCCGGACAGAUGCCUCCUGGGCAGCACCAGGCCAUUGGUACCCUCACCCAACAGCAGCAGCAGCAGCAUCAGCAUCAACAGCAGCUGAAAAUCCACCAGGCCCAGCAGGCUUUCCAGGCUAGAGUUUUGCAGCAACAGCAGCAACAACAACAGCAGCAACAACAGCAGCAGCAGCAACAACAACAACAACAGCAGCAGCAGCAACAACAACAACAACAACAGCAGCAGCAACAACAACAACAACAGCAGCAACAGCAGCAGCAACAACAGCAGCAGCAGCAAGUCCAACAAGUCCAGCAGGCCCAGCUUGUGACUCAUCCUGUGACGAUGAUGCCCCGUGCUGGGAUACAAAUGCCACCCCGGUUGCCUCGCGUCAUUCCGAACUCUGCCAAUCCUCCAAACCCUGCUGCCAUGGGAGGACAGCAAAUGCCACAGGGUCAGCAAAUGUCUUCACCAUCUCCGGUCCAGACACCGCAGCCGUCCAUGCCGCCUCCUCCCCAGCCUCAGCCCUCUCCGCAGCCGCUCUUGUCUCAACCCAACUCUGUCAGUUCUGGUCCAACUCCAUCUCCAGGAGGUUUCCAACCCAGUCCUUCCCCACAGCCUUCUCAGAGUCCAGCCACAGCACGUACACCACAGAGUUACCCAAUGCAAGUGCCAUCACCUGGACCACUCAGCACUCCAGGUAAUCCAAACUCUGUGAUGAGUCCAGCAAGUGCAUCCCAGGUGGAAGACCAGCUGUACAUGGACAAAUUGAAACAGCUUUCCAAAUACAUUGAACCUCUGCGCAGGAUGAUUAACAAGAUUGACAAAAAUGAAGAACGGAAGAAGGAUCUGAGCAAGAUGAAAAGCCUGCUAAAUAUUCUCACUGACCCAAACACCAGAUGCCCCCUUAAAACCCUACAGAAGUGUGAAAUAGCUUUGGAGAAACUCAAGAAUGACAUGGCAGUGCCUACUCCUCCUCCUCCUACAGUGCCUUCAAAAAAGCAGUACCUAUGCCAGCCACUGCUUGAUGCUGUCUUGGCCAACAUCCGCUCACCAGUCUUCAACCACUCUCUCUAUCGAACGUUUGCCCCUGCAAUGACGGCCAUUCAUGGCUCUCCCAUCACAGGGCCCAUCAUUCCGACACGGAAGAGGAAGUACGAGGAAGAUGAUCGUCAGACUAUCCCAAACAUCUUGCAGGGGGAGGUAGCGCGCCUCGAUUCCAAAUUCCUUGUCAGCUUGGACCCGUCUUUCUGCAGCAACAAUGGGACGGUGCACCUUAUUUGCAAAUUGGAUGAUAAGGCCCUUCCGAGUGUUCCUCCUCUCCAGCUGAGCAUUCCAUCAGACUAUCCUGAGCAGAGCCCACAAUGGGAUAACGAUGAUCAGCAGUAUGAGGCAAACCCAUUUUUGCAGAACGUCCACAGGAACAUGACGUCCAAACUGCUGCAGCUUCCCGACAAGCACUCUGUCACAGCGCUGCUCAACACCUGGGCUGAAAGUGUGAGACAGGCGUGUCUCUCUGCUGCCUAAUCACAGCAACAAGGCUUCUCUUGCAGCAUAAAAUUCAUCAAUUCUAUCUGUGUCUACAGUUUACAAUUAGAAAUCUGAUGAAGUACCAUAAUUCUUAUCUUAAGCAGCACUGGUUUGUAAAGGACCAUUAAAAGCACUGCUGUAUUUGAAUGUGUUUUUAUUUACUCUAAUAAAUAAUGUGUUCGCUUCA